AUUUUCCAAGUAAAUAGGAAAAUUCCUCACCCGAUAAAGCAUAUGCUUUCUCCAACCAGGCGCAGAUUCCCUUCCUUCCUUGCACGGAUACGAAACAAAAACGCAUCUCUUUUUUAAUUUCCUCCCUUUCUCAUUGGCGCGUUCACUGCGGAAUUGCAAAUCCAAUUCAAAUUAUAGGGUUUAGACAAACUCCCAAAAUCUCUAACAGCAAUGGAAUCGAUACAGAGCCGAGUAGAAUCAUGGAUCAGGGACCAGAGAGCUAAGAUCCUCAAGGUGUCUUGGGCCCCACUGCAGUGGAGAAUGAGGUGGCCGCCUUGGUUUCACAGCGACAGAGAACAUAGGAAGAAGAUUCAACAAGAAUACGAGCGCCGGAGGAAGCAGCUUAACGAUCUCUGUCUCGCCGUCAAGGCCGAUUCCGUCUCCGACUUGCAGGAAAUUCUCUGUUGCAUGGUCCUCUCCGAGUGUGUAUAUAAGAGACCUGCUAAUGAGAUGGUUCGGGCUUUGAACAAAUUUAAGGCUGACUUUGGAGGACAAGUUGUUUCUCUGGAGCGUGUGCAACCCUCUUCAGAUCAUGUUCCUCACAGGUACCUAUUAGCAGAAGCAGGUGACACUUUGUUUGCUUCCUUUAUUGGGACAAAACAGUACAAGGAUGUUGUGACCGAUGUAAAUAUACUACAAGGUGCUAUAUUUCAUGAGGAUUCCAUGGAGGAUGCUGCCCAGAUGGAAGCCUGUGAAUCUGUGCAAGGUGAAACUCUAAAGGGAAAUGGGGAAAGUCAAUGGAAUCCUCUUGAAUCAAAGCCUAAACAUCUGAAAGAUCAGCCAAAGCCUGCCGCUCAUCGAGGUUUCUUGGCUCGUGCUAAAGGCAUACCUUCUUUAGAGUUGUACAGGCUUGCUCAGAAGAAGAAUCGAAAACUUGUAUUGUGUGGGCAUUCACUUGGUGGGGCAGUGGCAGCAUUAGCUACUCUUGCCAUCCUGAGGGUUGUUGCUGCAUCCUCUCCAUCAAAAGAAGAUGAAAAGAUUCAGGUUAAAUGUAUAACAUUUUCCCAACCACCAGUUGGGAAUGCUGCUUUAAGAGACUACGUCCAUGAAAAAGGCUGGCAGCAUUAUUUUAAGAGUUACUGCAUUCCUGAAGAUUUGGUGCCCCGUAUCCUUUCUCCUGCUUAUUUUCAUCACUAUAAUGCUCAACCUUUGUCAAUGAAUACUGAGGUUGAAACUACCAGUCAAUCAGUGUCAAAACAUGAGCAAUGGAUAGAAAAAUCAAGGGCACAGAAGCCAAAGGAGAAUGAGGGGGAGCGACUGGUUCUGGGUUUAGGCCCUGUGCAGACUUCUUUUUGGAGACUUUCGAGGCUUGUUCCUUUGGAGGGAAUUAGAAGGCAAUUCAAUAAGUACACAGGAAAACAAGUUGGUCCCAUAGGGACAUCAGUGACAACUAAUUCUGGUGUAACAUCUACAAUUGAGGAUGUAGUUGCACCUCAGUCUCUCGAAAUCCAAGAGGGUUCUGAUGGCAUAUCUCUUAAACCAUUAUCUGACACUAAUAAUGGGCCACCAGAGGAAUCAAUGACUGGAAAAGUAGGCGAAAAAGGAAAUGAUAGAAGUGGAGAUAGAAGAAACUGGCAUGGGGUACCUUAUUUACCUUCAUAUGUCCCAUUUGGUCAGCUGUAUCUAGUGGGAAAUUCUUCAGUGGAAUUACUAUCUGGUGCAGAGUACUCAAAAUUAACAUCGGUCAGAUCUGUGAUUGCUGAACUAAGGGAACGAUUUCAAUCACAUUCAAUGAGAUCUUAUCGGUUUCGAUUUCAGAGAAUCUAUGACAUGUGCAUGGGUGAUGCUGCUUCAUCUUUUCCCGGAAUGGAGCAAGUGCCUCAGUUUGUGCAUUUGCAACAGUGGCUUGGGCUUGCAGUUGCAGGUGCUGUAAAGCUUGCUCAAAUUGUAGAAUUGCCAGUUAUUCGCACAGCCACUUCAGUUGUCCCUCUAGGGUGGAAUGGUGUUCCUGGUGAGAAGAAUGGAGAACCCUUAAAAGUUGAUAUUAUCGGUUUUGGUUUGCACCUUUGUAACUUGGUCCAUGCUCAAGUCAAUGGUAACUGGUGUGCAACUACAGUGGAGUCAUUUCCUCCUGCACCCAGCUAUUCUUCAAACCAUGAAGUACAGCCAGAACUACAAAAGAUGAGGGUUUUAGUUGGAGCUCCUCUGAGACGACCACCAAAACAACCUAUAGUGGCAGAUUCAUUGACGCCUGUUUUUCCUUCUAUUGAUUCAGAUGCUGAUAAUCUCAAUGAAGGACAUAGUUUAGGGCAUCAGGAGAAAUUGCUCUGCCCUGAAGGUUUGACUGAUUUUUGCAUUUAUUGUACAAGUGAUUUUGCUACUGUCUCUAAGGAGGUCCAUGUCAGAACUCGUAGGGUGCGGUUACUCGGACUUGAGGGUGCUGGUAAAACUUCUCUUUUCAAGGCAAUUAUGGGUCAAAGCAGACUAACCACCAUUGCCAAUUUUGAGAAUAUGCACAUAGAGGCUGAUGUCCAAGAAGGUAUUGCUGGUGGUGUAUGCUACAUUGAUUCAGCUGGGAUAAAUUUGCAGGACCUAAAUAUGGAGGCCUCUCAUUUUAGGGAUGAACUAUGGAUGGGAAUUCGUGACCUCAGUAGGAAAACAGAUUUGAUUAUUCUGGUGCAUAACAUGUCGCAUAAGAUUCCUCGAAGCAGUAGCCAAAAUGCAUCAUCUCAACAGCCAGUACUUUCACUUCUUUUAGAUGAGGCUAAAGCUCUUGGAAUUCCUUGGGUUCUUGCUGUAACAAACAAAUUUUCUGUCAGUGCACACCAGCAAAAAGCAGCAAUUGAUGCUGUUUUGCAGGCAUAUCAAGCAUCUGUAAGCACCGCAGAAGUUGUGAAUUCCUGUCCUUACGUAAUCCACACUGCUGUUGCCAGUGCUUCUUUGUCGCUGGCUGCUGCAGAGAGAGAUUCUGGUGGAAGGAUUGGUGGUGAAAAGCUUAUUUUUGCUCCAAUUAAUCUUGUUCGGAGGCCAUUUCAAAGAAGAGACACCAUUUUUCCCGUUGAGGGUGUGAAUUCACUUUGUCAGCUUGUCCACCGCGUGCUGCGGAGUCAUGAAGAGGCCUCGUUACAGGAACUAGCUAGAGAUAGACUUUUGGCAGAACUGACACGGGAGCGAGCAAUGGCAACAGAUGCAAGACGAGAGUCUCAAGCCAAGGCAUCUUCCUUGACAGCUGCUGCUGUGGGUGCUUCCCUUGGGGCUGGUGUUGGCCUUGUCUUGGCUGUUGUCAUGGGUGCUGCAUCUGCUUUACGGAAGCCCUAAGCAAAUAUAGAUCUUCUGAAAAUGGAAGUUCCAUAGCUGGUGUAAAUUGUAUUUUCUCAUUGGUUAGAUGUAGCGUCAAUAGCAGCAGACUUGCCAUUUGUUUAUUCUAUUGUAUUCAUGUAAAACCAUUAGAGUCCUUAGAGUUCUGCUUGCUUGAACUUCUCAUCCUUAGACAAACAGUGUAACACCCGAAUCUCAUCACCGAUUAUCAAGAAACAGUAAAUCGAGAGGAAUGCAUUCAUUAAA